AUGUUUCGCCAAACGGCCCGCAGCUUCAGCGCCGCGCGGUCCGCGUUUUCCGCGUAUUCGCAGCAGCCCCGCAAGACCUUGAAGCACCUCAACGAGCUCUACCAACAGAAGUCGCCCAUUUCGGUCGUUACCGCCUGGGACUACCUCACGGCGCAGAUCGCCGAAAAGGCAGACAUAGACAUCACCCUUGUAGGCGACUCGCUUGCCAUGGUGGCGCUCGGCUACGAGGACACCAACGAGAUCGGGCUCGACGAGUUCUUGUAUCACGUGCGUGCCGUGGCCCGGGGCAACAGGUCCCUGUUCGUAGUGGCGGACGUGCCGUUCGGCACUUUCGAGGCAAGCGACGCCGACGCGGUGCGCACGGCCGUGGCCCUCGUCAAAAACGGCCGUGCACAGGGCGUGAAGAUCGAGGGCGGGGCGUCCUUGGCCCCCGCCAUCCAGAAAAUCGUGCAGGCCGGCGUGCCUGUGAUGGGCCACGUGGGGCUCGCGCCACAAAAGCACCAUGCCACCGGCGGCUACCGGCUCCAGGGAAACAGCCUCCAAAGUGCGGUGCAGAUCUUGGACGACUGCAGGGCCCUCGAGGCGGCCGGGGUGUUUGCGCUUGUGCUCGAGUGCGUGCCCAACAAGUUUGCCGAGAUCGUGACCGCCCUGGUCUCGGUGCCUGUGAUAGGCAUCGGGGCCGGUCCGCACGUCUCGGGCCAGGUCCUUGUCAUGGCCGAUAUGCUAGGCAUGGGCGACAAGCCCGCGGCCAAAUUCGUCAAGCAGUACGCGAGUUUCUUCGCCGACGCGCACGCUGCUUUGGCGCAGUACAAGGCCGACUUGGCCACGGGCGCUUUCCCGGACCCGGACAUCCAUGGGUACAAGAUGAAGGGCGACGUGUUGCGGAAGGUGAGGGAGCAUGCGUCUGCUGCCAGAAAGCAGUGA